AGCAUACUGGAUUGGGGUAUUUAUUUGUACUCUGGCCUUUGUUGUUGUUGAGGAAUUUUUGGAGAUGCUUUAGUUUUCUCUGAUUCCCAUCCGGAUCCAUGGCUCUGUCGCGGAGAGUCCUGGUCAGGUCCCGGCGCAGCAUCAAUCUCGCCGGGUGCAUGGCCCGAUGUGACUCUUUGGCUGACGAGAUCAUGUUCGAUUCAUCGAGGAAGAUAGAGGGGGUAUAUUUUAUUUCACUGCUUAUUCCCUUCUGUCCCUCGGUUGGGAACAGUUACGGAAGCUCAGCUAGGUAUGACCUAGAAGUUAUGCGAGAUGGACCGUUUUCUUACUUGCGUCAGGGCAUCGUCUCUGCGAAGGAGGUCUUUUUUGCAUGUUUCCGCUUUGAAACAAUUAGAGGUCGCACAGGUUGGAUAUAUCCCAGAGUUGUCCGUCUCUUGGCCGUCUCUUGGCUAUUUCUCCCCUUUAUUCUGUUUUACCACAGUCUCUUUUAUGUAGCACCGCAUAGUCUCGCUUGUACUGCAGCACUGCACUGCAUUGUGAUCUCGGCCAGUCUCGCCUCUUCUUAUACGACCUCACUUUUCCUCAUACCCUCAGAUUUUAAUCCCCUUUCACAUAUCAUAUCAUGCACCCGCAUCUUUAUUACACGCUCAUGCACUGCACCUCCCACUCACUCCCUCCCACGUAUUGCUGCUACAGUAUUACCACCUGCCUAGGCAUACUGUACGGAGUGGUUGUAUUCCGAUUCCCACUUCCUAACGCAUGUCUAGUGCGGAAAUCUAUUGGAAAUCUCUCUGCUUGCGAUGACGCCGACGCCUGCAAGCUGCUGCUGCUGCUGCUAGGUACUGCUGCAUC